GUAGAGGGAGGCAGGGCCUAGCGACGCGAGGGAGGCGGGGCGGCCUGAAGGAGGAUGGCGAAGGGAAGCUAGCGGAAGCUGGGGCCUGAUUGCGGGCUUCCGCCUCGAAUGUCUUUUAAGUCCGUGGUCUCGGGCCGAAAACGCGGGUCGACUUAGAGGAGAGGAGAAACUGUCGGGUUGAUUCGGAAGUAUUCUAGGAUCACAGAUGUGGAACUUGAAAGGACCUCAAAGACCACCUAGACCAACACCCUCAUUUACAGAUAAAGAAACCGAAGCCCAGAGAAGUUAAGGUUUUUCUAAUACACAGAUCCCAAGAAUAAUCCUAAAAUUGAACCAAGUAGAAACCAUGAAGAAACAUUUUAAGUAUUACUAUUAAAAUUAAAACGAUGGCCUCAUCAGCAAAUCUGGAUGUGGGAGCCCAACUGAUUGUGGAAGAAUGCAGCAACAGCUAUAGUCUAUCCAACAUGACAGACAUUAAAGUGGAGCACCCAUUGGACCCAAAUCCCGAAGAAGGCCCAGCCCAGAGUGGUGCAAUGGGGAUGAAAUUCAUUUUGCCGAAUAGAUUUGAUAUGAACGUGUGCUCUAGAUUUGUAAAGUCCUUAAAUGAAGAGGAUAGUAAAAAUAUUCAGGAUCAAGUUAACUCCGACCUCGAGGUGGCAUCUGUCUUAUUUAAAGCUGAAUGCAAUAUCCAUACAUCCCCUUCUCCUGGGAUUCAAGUAAGGCAUGUCUACACUCCUUCAACAACUAAACAUUUUUCACCCAUAAAACAGUCAACUACUUUAACAAACAAACACAGAGGAAAUGAGGUAUCUACGACGCCUCUGCUAGUGAAUUCCUUAUCUGUUCACCAGUUGGCUGCUCAGGGAGAAAUGCUCUAUUUGGCCACUCGUAUUGAACAAGAAAAUAUAAUCAACCACACAGAUGAAGAAGGAUUUACUCCUCUGAUGUGGGCUGCCGCUCACGGGCAAAUAGCGGUGGUAGAGUUUCUCCUUCAGAAUGGUGCAGAUCCACAAAUUUUGGGGAAAGGACGAGAAAGUGCCCUGUCAUUGGCCUGUAGUAAAGGAUACACAGAUAUUGUCAAAAUGCUGCUAGAUUGUGGAGUAGAUGUUAAUGAAUAUGAUUGGAAUGGAGGAACACCUUUACUUUAUGCUGUGCAUGGAAAUCAUGUGAAAUGUGUAAAAAUUCUGCUAGAAAAUGGAGCAGACCCAACUAUUGAAACAGAUUCUGGAUAUAAUUCUAUGGAUUUAUCUGUUGCUUUGGGCUAUAGAGGUGUUCAACAGGUUAUCGAGGCACAUUUGUUGAGGCUUCUACAAAAUAUCAAGGAAUAGACUUGUGGUCAAUAGGAAAUGUUCUGUAAAAAAAAUUUGGGUAUUUUUUGGUUUUUUUGGUUAGGCCCAAUAAGUGACAAAGACUUGUUUACUUUUUUUAAACUUUACCUCAAUCACAACAUUUACUGAUUUUUAGUAAAAUUUAAUAAAUUUCCUUCUAAGUAAUUCACCGGUUUAUAGUAGGCUUGGUGUAGAUGUUUUCUUUGUAAAUGUAUUUACUGUGUAUUUAAAAAUGUACAUUAAUGUUCUGUUGCGUGUAAAUGUUUGUAGUCAACAUAGUUACAUAAGUCUUCAUAUCAAGUGUAGUAGUUUUACAUUUCCAGAAUUUAUUCAAACCAAUCCUCUUUCCUCUCUUGCAUUCACCUAUUGACUUUAUAUGGAAUCUAGGUGAAUUUCCAUAGAAAACCAAUUUUGUUGUUAAAGUUUUUUAAAAGUGCACAAAGUGUGAUUGUUUACAGAAUGCUGUUCACUUAUAAAUAACUUGUCUGUUUGCAUAGCUGUCCUUAAAAAUUCAAGAUAUAUUUUGAAAUUUCUUUAAGGUUUCAGUUUAAAUUGUUCUGUUAGUGAUUUUAAAUAUUUAUAAAUGUUCUUGUUUUACAUGAACCUGAAUAUAAUUAAGGUAAAUUUAAUAUAUGCUCUCUAAUAUUCAAAUGAAUCUUGGAUCUUAUCAAUCUGGAUGUUUUCUCCAGUAAUGCAUAUUGCAAUCUCUCUGUGUCUGCUUCGUAACUCUUGUUUAUGUCAUCCCAUAAGCUGAUUUCAGGAGUUCCAUCCAGCGUGCUGAAGUUGGUGCUCAUUUUUUCCUGACGUCAUGAGCAUGUCAGUGGAGCACUCAAGCUCUCUGCUUGUCACACUUUGCCCUUGCCAUGUGACUCGCUUUUCUGUCAUACAUUUCUCCAGUGACAGCUUUCAUUCCUGUUCAUAAUAGUUCCUCACUGCUUAUGUAUGGCAGCCUGCUCGCCCCCACCAUGUGCCUCUCCUUUGCUCUCUGUGUGAUAUCAUUUUUGCUUCUACAGAGACUUGUGUUCCAUUUCUCACAGCCUUUAGAUAGCACUGUUAGCAUAUUGAUCUUAAAAACAUGAACCUUUGUUUCUGGAGAAAAUUUGGGAGCUUUCUAUUUUCCUGAAGGCAAUGCUCCUCCUUUGUACUCUCUGUCUCAUAUGGACAUACAGAUGGACAAAUUCUAUAUGAUGCACAGGUUAUGACAUGAAGUUGGAUAAACAAUAGAUAUUCUCUGUCCACUCCCAAAUGGCUAAGAAUCUUUUCAAGGAGGCUCCACUGUGUUCCAGAACUUGAUGCAACCAGCAUAAUGUCAUCCACAAUAGGACCAUCCAGAACACCUCACUAUCUACAAGGAACCACCCUUCAACUUAGACUCCAAACUAGAUCUGCCUCCUUAAAUCAGUGAUGGACAUCUUUGGCAAGCACAUGACUCCCUGUUUUAUGUCUCACCCAGUGUUUGUGAUCCUUGAGUUAUAAUUACUAAAUCAUGUUGUAUCUCAUUACACUUUUCAAGGAAUCUGGAAUGGUUGCAAUGGCUAGAUCAAAGGUACCUUGUUGGAAGGUUCUACCAAAUCGAAUACUUUUUUUCAUAAUCAGUAGUAAGCACAAUGGGGUUUUGUAUUCUCUGCAUCUUUCAAUCGGUUAUAAAAUGGUAAAAGUGUGGUCCACAGUAGAUACGCCUGGCGAAAGCAUGCCUGUUCUCUGUAAAUACUCUAAUUCAGCAUGCCCUUGAUGUGUGUCUAGAUGAGUCUCAUAGGGAUUUUACACAAUAGAGAACAUAGGUAGUGUAUGGCGUUGGGCCUUGAGCCAGGAAAAUCUGAGUUCAGAUGUGGCUUGGGCGUGCCCACCCUCUCUCAACAUCCAUUUCCCCAUCUGUAAAGUUGGGGACAGCAGCACCUACCUCACAGGGUUGUUGUGGGGAUCAAACGAGAUAUCAUGCAAAGUGAUUUGCAAAACUUAAAGCGCUAUGUAAAUAUUACUUAUGAGUAAUUAUUGAUGUUCUCCAAGCUUCCCUUUUUUUUAUAUUAGUAAGGUCUGAGAUUUUUUUCCAUGCACUUUUGGUAUGUUGCCUUCAUCAGUUACAUUGUGUGAAACAAUCCUUCAGCAAUACCCUCAGAGUUGUGUCACAUUUUCUUUGAUGUCCUCUUGGUCCGAUUCACUUGUUUUUCACAUCUUUGUAGUCUUUGGUGCCAUCUCUGAAAUAAGCACAUCUGGGACUGUAAUGUUAGGGACCAAAUGUAGUGGUUCCCCUUCUCACAGGUAGAAAACAGAAAAAAGCAAUCUUCCUUUUUUCUUCUGUUUGUCUUUUGUGCAUUCAUUUUCAUCCUUAAAUACCGCUGGGAAUCUUUGCUUAGUUUGAUCUACAGAGGAGUUGGGUUGUGCAGUUUUUUAAAAGUGCACAGAUGGCGAUUGUUUACAGAAUGCUAUUCAAUUAUAACUUUAAACUGGUUUCACCUUCUGUUGUUUCUCCCUGCUUUUUGAGGUGAUACCGCUCAUAGUCAUCCAGCAUAAGCAUUUUCAAAUGAUUUUAUAGUCUUAACCUAGUUUUGCCUGUCACCACCAUAUCUUGUCACUUGGCAAGUAAAUGUCUACAGACUAAGGUGCUUUGUUGGGUUUUUUGGGUCUUCUUGUUAUGGCAUUUGAUUUGCAUCAAUUAAACUAUAAAAUUGUUA